CGAACUGAUGACGUGACAACGCCGAACACCCGCGCAGUUCUGAGCACCGGGUACGCGCUUUCGCGCGCGAUCCCAAAACCGUGCAGCAAACAUGGCGGCGGAGGGUGACUUCCUGACGCGCUAUCGGGCUGUGUCAAAUAAGCUGAAAAAGCGAUUCCUGCGCAAGCCCAAUGUUGCUGAAGCAAGUGAGCAAUUUGGUCAGUUGGCCAAAGAGCUGAAACAGCAGGACUGCUUGCAGUAUGCAGCCUUUUGCAAUCUGGCCAUGGCGAGGUGUGAGCAGACUUUAUUCAAUGCGCCAGGAGAGGCCCUGGCACUGACCGAGGCUGCCAGGCUCUUCCUGCUUUCCGAGCGGGAGAAUCACUCACUGCAAGCCCCCGGCUUUGAUGAGCACCUCCAGGCCGCACUCAACUGCUACAGUUUUGCCAUCAAGGUAUACAUAGAGAUGAACCAGCCAGUGAUGGCUGCCAGUCUGUCCCUGGAACUGGGCAAUGCUCUCAAGGAGAUGAACCGGCCCGGCGAAGCCAUCGUCCAUUACCAGCGAGCCGCGGAGCUGCAGGCCCAGACGCCAAUCGAGUCCCUGCUGUCCAUGGGGGAGAUCGCCUCUUGCAAAAUCCUGACACGUGAUUACUACAGUGCUCUGGCAGUGCUGACGGAGAUGCAGUUUGUGUGCCAGGAGCGCGGGCUGCAGGUCCCCGGCACCAACACGCCCGUGGGUGAGGCACUCUGCCAUUACGCUGCAGUGAUGUCACUUCCUGUUGAUAUCCCCCCCCCUCAGAAGCUGCUUCCGGAGCAUGCUCAGACCCUGGAGCGUUACGCCUGGGAGUCUUUUGACUCUCACAGCCAGGUGACGUUUCUUCCCGAGAACGUGUUCCUGCUUCUGCAGUCUGUGGUGAUGGCCUGUCAAGAAAAAGAUACGGAAUCUUUGAAAUCCCUGCAGACCGAGUUGUGGCCUCUGCUUUCUGCAGAACAGAAUCAUCUCCUCCAUUUGGUGGUACAAGAACGCAUCACCCCCUCUGGACAAGGCAUUUAAGCAAUAAUGGAACAUUCCCAUUGUAUUCUAGCAGACAGGUUAUCUGCUAGGCCAAGGCACACACAGCACGAGUACAAUGAAGGUCUAGAUCUGUAUCAUUCCCCUCGAGCAGCCUGGGCCAUUCAUACAGGGGUGGAGCUUGACUUUUGUCCUUUGUUUAUAUGUAAAUCAGGAGUUGUAUAAAGUCUUUAAACGUGUAACUUAAUAAAUGACUUAAAACGGUA